GUCCAAGGGUCCAUGUGGCAAGCAGACUGAACCGUCCUAGGUACCACAGAGGGACACCUUGUGGGUGGGUAGCAUGGGCUUCGAAGACCUGCUGGACAAGGUGGGCGGCUUUGGGCCCUUCCAACUUCGGAAUCUGGUUCUGAUGGCCCUGCCCCGAAUGCUGCUCCCCAUGCACUUUCUCCUGCCCGUCUUCAUGGCCGCUGUGCCUGCCCACCAUUGUGCCCUGCCCGGUGCCCCUGCCAACCUCAGUCACCGGGACUUAUGGCUGGAAGCCCAUCUACCCCGGGAGACUGACGGCAGCUUUAGCUCCUGCCUCCGAUUUGCCUAUCCCCAGACUGUCCCCAAUGUCACCUUGGGGACAGAGGUGUCCAACUCUGGGGAGCCUGAGGGUGAGCCCCUCACGGUGCCCUGCUCUCAGGGCUGGGAGUACGACCGCUCAGAAUUCUCCUCCACCAUUGCAACUGAGUGGGAUCUUGUGUGUCAGCAGAGAGGACUGAACAAAAUUACGUCCACCUGCUUCUUCAUCGGUGUGCUGGUGGGAGCCGUGGUGUAUGGAUACUUGUCUGACAGGUUUGGCAGGCGCCGGCUUCUGCUGGUGGCCUACGUGAGCUCCCUGGUGCUGGGUCUGAUGUCUGCAGCCUCCGUCAACUACAUCAUGUUCAUCGUCACCCGUACGCUCACCGGCUCAGCCCUGGCUGGCUUCACCAUCAUUGUACUCCCACUGGAGUUGGAGUGGCUGGAUGUGGAACACCGCACUGUGGCCGGGGUCAUCAGCACCGUCUUCUGGACGGGAGGCGUGCUGCUGCUGGCACUGGUGGGCUACCUGAUCCGGAGCUGGCGCUGGCUUCUGCUGGCUGCCACCCUGCCGUGUGUCCCAGGCAUCAUCAGCAUCUGGUGGGUUCCUGAGUCUGCACGGUGGCUUCUAACCCAGGGUCGUGUGGAGGAGGCAAAAAAAUACUUGCUGAGCUGUGCCAAGCUCAAUGGGCGGCCCGUGGGCGAGGGCAGCCUGAGCCAGGAGGCCCUGAACAACGUGGUCACCAUGGAAAGGGCGUUGCAAAAACCCUCAUACUUAGACCUGUUCCGAACAUCUCAGCUCCGACAUAUCUCACUGUGCUGCAUGAUGGUGUGGUUUGGAGUGAACUUUUCCUACUACGGCCUGACUCUGGACGUGUCUGGGCUGGGGCUGAACGUGUACCAGACACAGCUGCUGUUUGGGGCUGUGGAGCUCCCCUCCAAAAUUAUGGUCUACUUCCUUGUGCGCCACCUGGGACGCCGUCUCACGGAGGCUGGGAUGCUGCUGGGCGCUGCUCUGACCUUUGGCACCAGCCUGCUGGUAUCCUCGGAGACUAAGUCAUGGAUCACUGCUCUGGUGGUGGUGGGGAAAGCUUUUUCUGAAGCUGCUUUUACUACGGCCUACCUGUUCACGUCCGAGUUGUACCCUACUGUGCUCAGACAGACAGGAUUGGGACUUACUGCACUCAUGGGCAGGCUAGGGGCCUCUCUGGCCCCACUGGCGGCCUUGCUGGAUGGAGUGUGGCUGUUGCUGCCCAAAGUUGCUUAUGGGGGGAUUGCCCUGGUGGCUGCCUGCACUGCACUCCUGCUGCCUGAGACGAAGAAGGCACAGCUGCCAGAGACCAUCCAGGAUGUGGAGAGGAAGAGUACCCAGGAGGAAGAUGUGUAGGUCCGGGACUGAGUUGGACUAGCGACAGCUCUCCACAGGAGCUGGGCACAGAAGGCAGGCUCUUGUGACUGGGACAUCAGACUCCUCCACCUAAGGAUGGAGCUGCUCCUGGUGCCCUCUGCCUGUGCUCUCCAACAGCAGAACAACUUCCCGCAGCACUGGGCCGCUGGGAUUCUGGACUCCCCUCUCAUGGCCGGGGGCUUCUGUAAAUAAAGACGGUUGCUCAUGGGUUGGGGCAGCAGUGAGAUUG